AUGCUUCUAAGCUCAUUACCUAUACCCUAUCUAAUUGGAAAUUUAAAAAAUCUGAUCAAUUUAGCUUUGGAUGGGAAUAAUUUGACUGGGUUGAUUCCAAAUAGAGUUAAUAAAUUACAUAGUCUUCAACAUUUAAGUCUCAGCAACAAUAGAUUGCAAGGGUCCAUUAUAAAUGACCUUUGUCAACUCGAAAGUCUGAGUGAGUUGAAUCUUGCAAACAACAUGUUUACGGGAGCAGUUCCAGAAUGUCUUGGGAAGACUUCUUUGCAUCAAUUAAAUCUUAGCUUUAACCAGCUAGGUUCUCAUUUACCUCCUUCUUUUUGGAGUCUCAAAAAUAUCUUGGUUUUAGAUAUAUCUUCCAAUACAUUGAGUGGCAUAAUUUCACCAGAAGUAUCAAAUUUGAGAGCAAUUAUACUAUUGAAUUUGUCAAGAAACCAAAUUUCAGGAAGUAUACCUACAACUAUGGCCACGUUGAUAACUUUGCAAAAGCUAUCUUUGGCUCACAACAAAUUACAAGGGCCUAUACCUGAAUCACUAAGUGGCAUGAUAAGUAUUGAGUUAAUAGAUUUUUCUCAUAAUCACUUGUCUGGUGCGAUUCCAAAGUCCUUGGAGUCACUACUCUAUCUUAAAUCUAUUGAUCUUUCAUACAAUUUAUUGGAUGGAGAAAUUCCAAACGGUGACCCUUUUCAAAAUUUUACUGCUCAAUCUUUUAUGAUGAAUAAAGAUCUUUGUGGAAAAUCCCAACUACAAGUCCGACCGUGUAGGAGAGGAAACAAGCAUAUAUCAAAUAAAGUGAUGUUGGCGAUAAAAUGUUCAGUGCCUAUCAUGGUUGUCAUUUUGGUUUUUAUAGGCAUUGUCUUUCUAAAGCAUAACAGAGAUGAUGCUAACUAUCCAACCAAUAGGGAUUUAACAAAUUUGGAUGCACCAACUAGGAUAUCUUAUUAUGACCUUCUACAAGGAACAAAUGGAUUUGAUGAGGGUAAUCUUCUUGGUUCUGGGAGUUUUGGAUCAGUAUAUAAAGCGAUUCUUCCCAAUGAAAAGAUAGUUGCUGUCAAAGUAUUUAACAUAGACAUGGAAGAAGCAUUCAGAAGUUUUGAUGUUGAAUGUGCUGCCAUGUGCAAUUUACGACAUCGCAAUCUUAUUAAAAUUAUCAGUAGUUGCUCUAACGAUGAUUUCAAGUCUCUAAUCAUGGAAUUCAUGUCAAAUGGAAGCCUUGAUAGAUGGUUGUACUCUCAUAACUACUGUUUAGAUAUCCUGCAAAGGUUGAAUAUAAUGGUUGACCUGGCAGCUGCAUUAGAGUAUCUUCAUCAUGGUACUUUAACUCCAAUUGUUCAUUGUGACAUAAAACCAAGUAAUGUUUUGUUGGAUGAAGACAUGGUGGCUCACCUGAGUGAUUUUGGUAUAGCUAAACUAUUAAGUGAAGGACUGUUGGAAACUCAUACAAAAACAUUAGCUAUAGUUGGUUAUAUGGCACCAGAGUAUGGAUCAAAAGGAGUGAUUUCUUUCAAAGGAGAUGUGUAUAGCUAUGGCAUUGUUCUAAUGGAGAUGUUUACCAGGAAGAAGCCAACUGAUGAAAUGUUUGUUGAAGGUCUUGGUUUAAAAGAUUGGGUUAGCAAAUCAACACCACAUUCAAUCAUCAAUAUUCUAGAUGUUAAUUUGCUGCAUCAAGGAAAUCCAAAUAUCAGCAAUAUAUUACCACAUAUAUCAUCAAUUUUUAACUUGGCAUUAAGUUGUUGCACUGAAUCACCUGAGGCGCGAAUAAUGAUGACGGAUGUUGUAGUCUCAUUAAAAAAGAUAAGGUCAUAUUUACGUAAAAUAUUAGAGACGUGCCACUAGUUAAAUAAUCUCUGUGUUGAAGUUUUAGUUACGGUUUCCUUUAUCCUUUGAUUUAUUUUGUCUAUAAAACAUGUCGUAUGUUAAAAUGGUGAUGAUUUAUAUGUUUGUUGUAUUAAUAUACGAAGUCUCUGCCUUUUUCA